AUGGUACAGAAAGUUACAAAAUGUGUGACUUCUCGUCCAAUUUUUGUCGUCGUCGUCCUGGUAUUUCUGGUGAUUGCUUUCGGGAGCAUACCGAUCACGAUUUGGCACAAAACAACGAAGAACAUAACAAACGACAUCGCUUUGUUCACUGAAGAUCUCCGGUCAAGUCUAGUUUCCGAGAUCGAAAACAUCGGAAAAUUCAUUUAUUCAAAGACAAAUUCAUCUGCAAUCGGUUUAGCUAGAGUAAUAGAUUCUCAUCUCACCAACAACAGUACUCAUUUCAUAGAGAUACAAACACAGAUCGGACCAGUGUUGUUUCAAGCUUAUUCAACGAUCCCUCAAGUCUCACAAGUUUCGUACAUUAGUACGAACGGUCUCUUGUUUUCUUACGCAACACAAUCAGACACAAGUGUCGCUGUUUUUGCUAAUUCUUCAUCUAGUGGUGGUGGAGACUACACUUGGUACACUCAAACCGUUGAUCAGAGAACCGGUGGUCUCUACGGGAAUGCAACCAAAUCUCAGCCGUUAUAUGUAAUCCAUACAGAUUGGUUCCAAGCGGCACAGAGAAAUCACAGUAUCGAUUUUGUGGGAACUGGUUUGGGAAGAGAAGAUAACAAGACUCUGUUUCAGAAUGUGGUUAGCUUGUACAGCAAGAAAGGAGUUGUUUUGUUAGGGUUUCCGGUUAAGACAUUAACCGACGUUUUGAAACGUUUAAAUCUACACGGCGGAGAGCUUUACCUGUGGAAUAAAGACGGGACAUUGCUUGUUCGUGAAGGUUCACUGAAUACUUCUUUCUUCAUCUCCAAUGGCUCGACUUGCUUCGGUAGUGAAUCGUCGAGAUCAGUCCGGUCUCAAUGCAUCCCUGGAAAUUGCGUUUCCGGUAGCUAUCCGGUGAAGAUCGAAAGAUCGAAAUUCCAAGCUUUUUGCUCCGUUCUUGAAGUUUCCGGCGUGCCUCUGAGAUACACACUUAUGUUUCCCAACAAAGAAAGAGGACCAAGAAUGGAGAACGCAUCGCUGUAUCUGCUUAUUGUGACGAUGUUUUUGGGCUUGUUCUGGCCUCUAGUGUUUGUAACAUUGAUGCUGCAAGCAGCAAGAAGAGAGAUGUAUAUGCGUGCAAGGCUGAUAAACCAAAUGGAGGCAACACAACAAGCUGAGAGGAAGAGCAUGAACAAGAGUCAAGCGUUUGCAAGAGCUAGCCACGAUAUUCGAGGUUCCUUAGCCGGGAUCACCGGUUUAAUCGAUCUAUGCCGUCAAGAAGUUAGACCUUGCUCCGAGCUAGACACUAGUCUUAAGCAAGUGAAUGUAUGCACCAAUGAUUUGGUUGCUCUGCUUAACUCUGUUUUGGACAUGAGCAAAAUCGAAAGCGGGAAGAUGCAGUUAGAGGAAGAAGAGUUUAACCUAGGAAAACUUCUUGAAGACGUCAUCGAUUUCUUUCAUCCAUUGGCGAUGAAGAAAGGGGUUGAUGUGGUUUUGGAUCUGCAAGACGGCUCAGUUCUCAAAUCCUCGAAUGUGCGAGGAGAUAGCGGAAAACUGAAGCAAAUCCUGAACAAUCUUGUAAGCAAUGCGGUCAAGUUCACAGUCGAAGGGCACAUAUCGAUCCGAGCUUGGGCUCAUAGGCCAGGUUCCAAGAGCUAUGUGGUUCUUGCAUCAGAACCUAAAGGAAGUGUCUCAAAGUUUUCUAAGUGUAUGUUCUGCAAGAACAAAGACCAUUCAUCGUCAAGCUGCGAGAGAGAAGUUUCAGAUUCCAUAAGAAACAAUGCGAACUUAAUGGAGUUUGUGUUUGAAGUAGACGAUACAGGUAAAGGUAUACCUAUGGAGAUGCGUAAAUCAGUGUUUGAAAACUAUGUUCAGGUAAGAGAAACAGCUCAAGAACAACAAGGAACUGGAUUAGGACUUGGGAUUGUUCAGUCUUUGGUAAGAUUGAUGGGAGGAGAGAUAAGAAUCACUGACAAGGCCAUGGGAGAGAAAGGAACAUGUUUCCAGUUCAAUGUUCUGUUGAAAACAUCAGAGUCACCAGUGAGUGACGUGAAAGUGAUACAGGACGUUGAAGCAGGAAGAGAUCAUAUAUCCACGCCCAACCUUGGCUUAGCUAUAAAAACUUCAUUGGGAGGUAGCAUGACAUUACGGAACCUGAGCCCUAGAUUCAACAAAUGGCUCAGCUCUAGUCCGAAACAGGAAGGCUCUCGAGUGGUUCUCCUGCUGAAAGAUGAAGAGCGUAGAAGAGUUACAGAGAAAUACAUAAAGAGUCUUGGAAUCAAAGUCACAGUAGUGGAGAAAUGGGAGCAUUUGAAUCAUGUUUUGGAGAGACUCUUAGGGUUUUCACCUCAGAGUUCCAUGGGAAGAGGAGAGUGUAGUUUCAGAGAGGAUCUAUCAAGCGCAAGCGCAAGGGAGUUACCUUUGAUUGGCAUGGAUGGUAUUGAUUCAAGAAGCCAAAUCUCUAAAAGAAGAGUCAUCAGUUUCUCUCCAGUUGUACUUCUGGUGAUUGAUGCAAAAGUCGGACCGUUUCUUGAGCUACACGACACUGUGGAAAAGUUUUGCAGAGGCUUGCAACAAGGCAUAUCCUGCAAAGUUGUUUGGCUUAACGAACCAAGCGGCCGCGGAAGUGAGAGGGGUGACAUUUUUUGUUCGAAACCAUUGCACGGAUCGCGCCUUAACCGAGUGCUGAAGAUGUUGCCUGAAUUUGGAGGAACUGAGCCGAAAGAAGCACCUAUUGCUCUGCAAAGGGAAUCGAUCCUGAGACAUUCUCGUGUUGCAGAGACAUCAAAUAUAAUUUCCAAGCAGAGUGACGAUGAGUUCUUAAGUGGAAAGAGAGUUCUGGUGGUGGAUGAUAAUCGUAUAACAUCUUCAGUUGCAACAAGAAAGCUAAAGAAGAUGGGAGUGUCUGAGGUUAAACAGUGCGACAGUGGUAAAGAAGCAGUAAGAUUAGUCAGUGAAUGGCUUACACAAAGAGAGCAAGAAGGUUCAAUAAAUACACUUCCUUUUGACUACAUUUUCAUGGAUUGUCAGAUGCCAGAAAUGGAUGGAUAUGAAGCAACUAGAGAGAUUAGGAAAGUGGAGAGAAGAUAUGGUGUGCAUAUACCAAUUAUAGCUGUAUCUGGUCAUGAUCCUGGCUCCAAGGAAGCAAGAGAAGCCAUACAAGCUGGAAUGGAUGCCUUCUUGGAGAAAAACCUGAAUCAAGAACAGCUUGAAAAGAUCAUUAGAGAAAUUUAG